AUGGAACUGCCAAAUUUAGAAAUUUUACUAAAAACGCCGGUCAGUACUCUAAACUUUAAACCAAUAAAAAUAGACUCGACAAAAUUAUAUAGAUUAAAUAAUGUGCAAAGUGCUUUAGGAGAUCAAGAAAACAAAAUAGACAAUCUAGACACAGUUCCUGUUCAUUUUCAAACAUGUCAGUUUUUAGACCAUAAUUUUAUGUCUAAGCAAUCAUUUUCCUUGUCUACACAUUUGGCAAAUACACAGAAUAAAAAGACAAAUCAAGAAGAAGUAAAAGAAUCCACAGAACGAGAAAAUAAAAGUGUCCACUUUGAUACUUCUAGUGCAUCCUUAGUAAACGAAAUAAUGACUGCCAUUAAAGUAUAUGCUUACGGUGUCGAAGACUUUACAGCAGAUCCUGAAAAUAAAGAUAGAUCCCUAAACACCCAACUUUCUUGUGAAGGAGUAGGAGCUGCCCGUUGGGAUACUGGUGACCGAUUUUUCAGAUACUUAAAGAACGUUAGUGUUGAAGGAGAUCAGGGGAAACCAAAUUUGGAAUUUACUCAAGAUGGCGUAUUACGUUCUGCUGAGUUAAAAAUUAUGAACCUGAGACCAGGUGUAAGUAAGCAGCUGGUUUGGGAAGAAAUCGGAGUAUGGAAAUCUUGGCAAAAACAGGGACUCGAUAUAAAGGACAUCGUCUGGCCUGGGAACAGCCACACUCCUCCCCAGGGAGUACCCGAAAAGUUCCACUUGAAAAUAACUUUUUUGGAGGAACCGCCGUACAUUAACUUAGCCCCACCGGAUCCAGUUACCGGAAAAUGUUCAAUGGACAGAGGCGUGCUUUGUAGGGUUGCCACCGAUGCUGACAUUACUGAGUAA